GGGACCUCUGUUUCUUAACAGCUAUGGCGGGGAGCAGACAGGGGCUAAAAUCUGGUGCAGCCGGUGUCUCCAUCUAAGAUCCUCCAAAACCGUGAGGCCACCAGAAUUAACAUAUGUACAUGCACCAUCCCGUCCAGUGCACUGUUCCAUUUGACCGUUCCCCAAGCCCCUGGUAAUGGCUGCCGCUUGACAUCUGUCCUCGCGUUUCAAACCACGUUAUGAGAAGCAGGAGGCUGGCACAGCCCAUGAGAAGCAGAUCGCUCACCGAAACCUGCCCCCUUCAACCUGACACACCAGGCUGCAGCAACGUGGGUAGAUUCAACCACGUGAAGAGAUCCUUUUGGAAUAAUGCUAAGGUUAUCCCGAAUCUUUAGCUGCUUUCUUGUGAUUGGUUGGGCAAUGGCCACCAUGGCCGGUUCUAAGCCAAUAUAUCCGUGCAACCUCCAGUCUAAAACAGCAGCUGCUGAUUUUCCCCCCGUGAAAAGAAUCAACAAAGCAAAGCCCUCAAGUGAAGCAAGUGGUGUUCCUUGUGUCUCCUCCAUGUGUCCUCAGAUUAUGGAUGGACGGAGCCUCAAAGCACUUGGGAGUGCGGUGGCUGGGCUGAGCAGCAGCAAGCUGAAAACGGUGCCUCCCCAAGCGGUCCUGGAUGCUGUGAAAGAUCCGCGUUUUGCCAGGCAGCUGGAAAUGCUGUUGCCUUCCCUGAAAACUGUGUUUGUGGAAAAGCUCAUUGCUGCUGUGGAUCCAUUAAGCGACUUGUUGAAAUAUGUCCCAAAUGGGCUGGUUCCCUAUAUACCAAAACCAGUACUGGCCCAUGGUGAUGAAUUCAGCAUCAGCGAUCUCAAUCGCAAACCAUGGACCCCAGAUCAGGCCGCCAUGUUCUUUGAUGAUAUCCUCAAGUCCGGCUCUAAUUUCAGCAGCCUGUCCCCCUCUGUCUUGAAAGGCUUUACCUGCGCAGCGGCCAGUUACAUGGACACCAAGGGAUUCCAGCAGUUCACCAUCGCCAUUAAACAGAAGCAAGUCCAGCUGAACAUAGAGCAGCUGAGGUGUCUAGAAAGGUUCUUGGUACUCCAUAACCUUUCAAGAAGUGUCAAGGCAUUCCCUACGGACCUGUUUCUGAUUUUGAGUCCGGAAAACAUGGCUGCAGCUGGGAACUGCAAAGACUAUACCAUUCAGGUUGGGAGCGCCAACAUUGACUUACUGGAGAAAGGUUCCUUGCAACGGAGGAGGCUGCUGCAAAUGGCCCUGCUUUGCCUGAAAAUCUUUACCCCACGCGUGAGCAAGGAAAAUGCAGGCAUCUUGGGCCACUUGGUCUGCGAUCUUGAUGACACUUACAUCAGGGAAACUGGCGAGAACUUGCUAAAGCAACUAAGCCACUGUCGGUCCUUUUCUCCGGAUCAAGUCAAAGCAAUUCAAGAGAUGCUCCUCAGUGGAUACACCCAUGUAGGGUCUCCUUCAAAGUGGUCAUUCUCUACCCUGGAAGAACUUAGUGGUUUGUUCCAUCUCUUUGACCAUAACAUCCUGAAACAGAUCCCUCAGAAUAUCUUAAUCCCAUGGCUCAAAUGCUUCAUACAUACUUCUCACCUGCCGAGAUCACAGCUGGCGGUCAUUGUGAAAAACCUCCAAUCGUACAGGACAAAACGUGCUUCUGGAUGCCCACCUAUUAAAACCAUCACAGAGGAGGUGGUGAGGGACGAUCUGAUGCCAAUUUAUUAUUCUCCUGCGGAACUCCGGGCGUGUUUGAGAGGGAGGAUCCUGGAGAGCCGUCUGGGCAGUGUGACGCAAUACUCAUUCACCAAUGAGCAAUUGGGAGCGGUCAAGGCAAACCUUGAUGAGGUGUUUCCCAAAGGAUAUCCUGAUCCAAUAACCCGCAAUCUCGGAGGCAUCAUCGAGAUUCUGACGCCUGCUGACAUUAACAUGUUGAACAUCAGCUCAGCGGAGACCCUGGCUGCAUUGCUGUCCAAUUGGCCGCGUGACCACCUGGCUGCCUUAAUGAUUGAGCAAUAUGCUGCUGCUGCAAAGAGCCUGGAUUCGGGAGCUCUGAAUGCCAUUGGCUUGAGAUACAUCUGCCUCCUGAAAGGGUUUAUGUUCAGCAAGAUAGAUGAAAAGGCCAUCAAAUCUGCCUCCUUGGGCACUUCCAGAUGCUCCCAGUCCAUCAAAGAUAAUCUGUACCUCAAAGCCAAGCAGGCUUUCUCUGACCAAAAAGAACAGUUCCCUGAUUAUUACAACCUGAUCAAGCCAUACCUAGGUGGCGCUUCAGGACAGGAGCUGAAGGAGCUCAGUAAACAUAUGGUCAACAUGGACAUCUCUACUUUUUUUACUUUGAGAAGGGAUUCUUUCCUGAGUCUAACAACAGAAGAUGUAAGAGGUCUGUUGGGUAUACAUCUUGAAGACCUGAACAACUAUCAACACAAUCACCUUCUAAAAGAGUGGAUUCAUAAACAGAAGCAGGUGGAUCUGGACCUUCUGAACAUUGGACUCUUUGGAGGAAUUCCAGACCUAGCAACCAGCAGGGCGUCGGCCGCACCCCUUGCCAUGGCUGGCCACAUCCUGCACGCCUUCCCUGCCCUUCUCCUGACUCUUCUGCUGAUCUUCUCCCUUCAAUGAAAUUCUCCAGCUUUAACGAACAAAGAAGAAACCUGGCGGUGACCCCGUCUCCGCAGCUCUGCUGCCAUAUUCUAUGAACUCUCCGAUUGGCCUGAGAAAGAAGACACAGAAAUGCAUUGUGGGGGGAGAGGUGGGGGGUGAGAUUAAAAAAACACCCCUUCUGCCAACUACA